AUGGACGACGGCGGCGCCACCGCUGCAGGCUCGUUGUUGCCGAGGGAUGCCAUCUUCGACAUCCUCACCUGGGCGCCGUUCAAGUCCGUGUGCCGCUUCCGUUGCGUGUCCAAGGAUUGGCUUGCCCUCAUCUCCGGCCUGGCCUUCAUCGCCCAGCACAGGUCACGCUCGGGGUCGCUCCUCGUCGGCAGCUACUGCAUCCCCUACGACGGCGGCCUGCGGGUCAUGGACGUGGAGGGCAACGUCUUGAGGACGAUCAAAGGCUUAGGCGCCUUCCCUUCCGUCGCCUCGAGUGUCGGCAACCUAGUCAGCGUCCACUGCACCGAAGCCCCCGGCGUCCGCUUGGUCGAUGUCACCACCGGUAAGGUGCUCCUGACCAGCCCAACAUUGGGAAGCAGCAAGCUCCAUGCCGUCAGCCUUGGCCGCGCCGCCGUCUCCAACUCGUGCAAAGCCAUCCGCAUAACCGAAAGCUUCUCGUACAAUGGUGAAUAUGGUGUUGUUCAAUCCCAGCAGACAUGCGAGGUUCUCACGUUAGGGCAUGACGAUAGUGAGUGGAGGCAGGCACCAUCGCCCCCAGCCCUUGUCCGCAUGCACAAUUUCAUAGGCUCCACUGCCGCUGUCAAUGGUGCCAUGCACUUCCUCUCUCAGCAAGAGCCUGUAGGCAACAGUGUUCUUUGUUUCGACCUCGAGAGCGAAGAGUGGGGGAAGACAAUCGAAGGCCCAUUGAAAGAAGACACUGAGCUAUGGGGCCAGACCGGGCUAAUCCACAUAACACAGCUCAAGGAUACCCUGUGCAUGAUCCAGACGGAGAAACACAAGGCUGAACAGCGCACCAACAUAUGGCUCCUAGUUGAUGCGGACAAUAGCGUAUGGAUGAAGGCGUAUGCGAUUCCGAUGCCCAUGUCUGUUGAUAUGGUCCAACCAUUGAUGAUAAUGGCGGAUGGUGUAAAAUUGCUGACAGACUACCAUACUAGACGCUCGUUGGUUCCUGUGUUGCGAGUGUACGAUCCCUCUACCGGGAUAUUCACGGAUGCGGUCAAGCUGCCGGAAAACACCUUUGGCAGAGUCUGUCUUUGUGACUUGCACUUGCAUUGCUUUGGUGCCGGCAAGAUCUAA